UGCCACGCGUUCUGGGUGCGGAGCAGCGUAGUUUGCGUCUAACGGUCUGGAUUCUUUCUCGCUGUCUGGGACUCAAUUGGUAUGCUCCCAGAUCAGUCCUCCCAGGAAUUUGAACGUGAAGAGGAAGCCAGCAGGCUUUGGUGUGAAAUAUGAGUUGGCAAAUAAGGUCAACAUUCAAGCCUAGAGCAAGACGAAAUGAUCAAAACUCUUUCCAGCUAGUUGGGCCUGUGGUUCCCAGUAUUGAACAACAUCAGCAAGAAGAGCCACCAACUGACCUUCAGGAUAGUAUGCCUGAUCAAGAGAAAAAAGAUAAAGUAGCACCUGUGGUUCAAGGUGAAGGCAAAGGGAAGAAAAAUACCUCGUGGCCUUCCCUGGAACCUGAUCAACAGGAACUGGUUCUUCCAAAGACUGGUCAUGAGCAUGGAGACGGUCCUGAUGUCAGAGGGAAGAGACUUUCAAAUCUAGAGUCCCUUAAAAUGCCGGAAGCAGGUGAAGGGCAAUCACAGGUAUAAACGAAGACAAGUUGAAACCAUGCAGACUGCUUUUGUGUUGGAAGUUUGCCUGUUAAACUUCUCUCAAUAAAGUUUUGCCAUCUUGUCCAAAGAAGUUUUGCACAUCUAUUGUU